AGCUUGGGGCUGCAGACUAGACCUUAGCCCCAACUUUGGUGCCAACUGAGGGGCUCAGCCCAGAGGUAACUCCAGAGGAGCAGCUUGGAAAAAGCCCGUCGAGGGCCAGAGACCCCAGGCCCACCGGGACCACAGAAGCUGCUGUGGCCAGGCUGGGUGGGCGCCGCACGAUUUUCAGGGCCUUCAGUUCACACACAGGCAGCGUGACUGCUCCCACCGUACUGACGAGGCCCUCAGCCCACACCUCGAGGUGGCAGCCUCCUCUUUGCAGCAGCCUUGCCACGCCGGCCCCAAGGCCCUGUGGCAGGGUCAGAGUUCAUCCACAAUCCCAGGCCAGCUUUGCUUCUGAUGUCCGGGGGAAGCCAUGGGCCCCUCCUGCCCCGCACUUCUGUCCUCCACCAAGCGCAGCCUGUGGUGGCUCCUUCUGCUGCCAGCAGCGCUCGCGCGGGGUGGCCCUCACACCCAGGCCGAGGAUCGCCUCUUCAAGCACCUCUUCGUGGGCUACAACCGCUGGGCCCGGCCGGUGCCCAACACCUCAGACGUGGUGAUCGUGCGCUUCGGGCUGUCCAUCGCCCAGCUCAUCGACGUGGAUGAGAAGAACCAGAUGAUGACCACCAAUGUCUGGCUAAAGCAGGAGUGGAAUGACUACAAGCUGCGCUGGAACCCAGCCGAUUUCGGCAACAUCACCUCCCUCCGGGUCCCUUCUGAGAUGAUCUGGAUCCCUGACAUUGUCCUCUACAACAAUGCAGACGGCGAGUUCGCGGUGACCCACAUGACCAAGGCCCACCUCUUCUCCAGCGGCGCGGUGCACUGGGUGCCCCCGGCCAUCUACAAGAGCUCCUGCAGCAUCGACGUCACCUUCUUCCCCUUCGACCAGCAGAACUGCAAGAUGAAGUUCGGCUCCUGGACCUAUGACAAGGCCAAGAUCGACCUGGAGCAGAUGGAGCGCACGGUGGACCUGAAGGACUACUGGGAGAGCGGCGAGUGGACCAUCGUCAACGCCGCGGGCACCUACAACAGCAAGAAGUACGACUGCUGCGCCGAGAUCUACCCCGACGUCACCUACGCCUUCGUCAUCCGGCGCCUGCCGCUCUUCUACACCAUCAACCUCAUCGUCCCGUGCCUGCUCAUCUCCUGCCUCACCGUGCUGGUCUUCUACCUGCCCUCCGACUGCGGCGAGAAGAUCACGCUGUGCAUCUCGGUGCUGCUGUCGCUCACCGUCUUCCUGCUGCUCAUCACCGAGAUCAUCCCGUCCACCUCGCUGGUCAUCCCGCUCAUCGGCGAGUACCUGCUCUUCACCAUGAUCUUCGUCACGCUGUCCAUCGUCAUCACGGUCUUCGUGCUCAACGUGCACCACCGCUCGUCGCACACACACACCAUGCCCCGCUGGGUGCGCCUGGUCCUGCUGGGCCGCGUGCCCCGGUGGCUGCUCAUGAACCGGCCCCUCGGGCCUCCCUCGGAGCUCCAGGAGCCCCCGGGGCUGAAGCUCAGCCCCUCUUAUCACUGGCUGGAGACCGUAGUGGAUGCUCAGGAGGAGGAGGAGGAGGAGGAGCAGGAGCAGGAGCAGGAGCAGCGGGAGCAGCAGCAGCAGGAGGGAUGGGUGUGUGCAGGCCGCACAGCGUCCCCCGCAGGUGCCUUCUAUGGCCGCAGCCACCUGCACCCAGGGGCCUGGGGGCCCAGGGCGGAGGUCUCGCUGUCCCCUCACGUGCAGAAGGCCCUGGAAGGUGUGCACUACAUCGCUGAGCACCUGCAGUCGGAGGACGCAGACUCCUCGGUGAAGGAGGACUGGAAGUAUGUCGCCAUGGUCAUCGACAGGAUAUUCCUCUGGCUGUUCAUCAUCGUCUGCUUCCUGGGAACCGUGGGGCUCUUUCUUCCUCCAUUCCUGGCUGGGAUGAUCUGACUUCACGUCCUUCGUGUUGGCUCUAAGGCCUCCCUGCUGACCAUCUUCUGCCACCUCUGACUGCAGCUGCCCCCAGGGUACCCUUUGGGGUCAAGGCCACCUGCCUGGGGCUGUGCCGCCACUGGUUCUUCGCGGAGUCCCUACACGGCAGCCUUCCCCGUGCAGCUCUUCCUGACAUCCCUGCACCUUGUGCUGUGAUCCGCUGGCUGCAGAGCCCUGCUCUGGAGGCUGCGGAGCUGGAAGGGGUGAAGGUGCUUGCUCGGUAGGAGCUUGGGUUGCUGUGGUGACCAUGUGAGGGAGAAGCUGCUCCGAGAGCAGUGUGGACCCUAAGUGACAGAGUCACGAAGGGGGCUGGAGGGUGGGACCCUGAGAGUCAGUGCAGCCCCAGGACAGGGGCGAGAGGGAGCCUGGGGUGGAGAUGAGAAACCGCACUGUGGGUGUGGAGAGGAGCCCCGUGUGUUGGGGAGGAAGGGAGAGGGGCAGAUGGCUGCCUGCAGGUAGCGGGCCUUGCCCCACCUGGAGCACCUCUGAGCCCUCUUCCCUCCGCGUUAUUCCUCCCUGUUUCUGCUGCAAAGUGGCCCCAUCAGGUGGAGCCGAGCCACUGCCUGAGGGGCACCCUUGCUCUGAACCAUGCUGCGGACAAAUGGAGAGGCAAUCAAAAGUCUGAGCCCAGCCUGGGCAACUUAUGUGACAGCAUGUGCCAAACUAAAUAAAACUGAAAAAGAGCGGGGAUGUAGUCAGUGUUCCCUGGGCUCAGUCCCCAGAACCACAAAACACAAAGCAGCCUCCCCACUCAUUGGGCAGUCUCUCUGUCUCUCCCUGGGGCCUAGUCCCUGACGGUCUGCUUUACUUCAAGCUCUCUGUCCGAACUCCUCCAGGGCAGGGCUGAUGCCUUCCUUUGCCUGCUUCUCCAGCACCUGGCAGAGACCCAGACUGUGGGGUCAGCCCUCUGGACAUGUGCUCCGAGAAGAGGGCAGCAGGCUGAGGCCUCAGGAAGGUUUCCUCCCAGUCUACCCUCUGGGUUCCAGGGGCCCUCGGUCUGUGCUUCUUGCUUCCACGUGCUGGGGGCGUGGGAACCCUGACCUCAGUAGCUACCAGAGGUGGGCAGUGGGUUCUCAGACAGUGUGAGAGCCCAGGCAGGAAGCACAGUAGUGGGAGCUUUCUGUUUCCCUGCCAUCUUGGGAUCCCCUGCUGGACCCCCGCAUGCCUGUCUCUGGCAAGUCCAGGGGAAACUGUCUACCUGAGACUCUGGCCCGGCCCCUCUGCAGUUCUGCCACUCUGGGCUGGGCUCCUCUUCUCCCCUGGGAAGCCAGCCCCUGUCCCUGCCAUCUCUCUGCUUGGCCCAAGCCUCUGGGUGUGAUCUCCUGGUCCAGGGAUGCUCACCACGUUGUUCCUGCCCACCUUGCAUGUGAGUAAAGGC